UAUAAUUACUUUUCUGAAGAAAAAACAGACGAGAUGGCUGCAUGUUUUUGCUGUUUUCGAUGUUUUCCAUGGCGAGCUGGGUUUGGAAGUGGACAUGUCCCACUGAAAGAAAUACCGUCAGUUGUUCUUGAUACUUCACACAUGGGUAAUGAUGUAGUCAUUGUGAAAUCUGGAAGACGAAUCUGUGGGACAGGCGGAGGGUUGGGGAAUGCACCAUUAGUCCAAGACAAGGCCUACUUUGAAAUCAAGCUUCAGUCAACAGGUGUUUGGGGCGUUGGCCUAGCCACUAGGAAGAGUAAUCUAAGUCGAGUACCUCUAGGUGAGUGUGCUGAGUCCUGGGUGAUGAGAUCAGAUGGUACAGUAUGCCAUGCAGGGGAACCUCUGCACAAACCAACCUUAGACGUUGCAGAAGGCGAUCUCAUUGGAGUGACGUAUGACCACAUGGAACUAAACUUCUACAAGAAUGGAGAGAGUCUUCAAAUACCGGUCAGUGGUAUCAAAGGGACGUUAUACCCUGCAGUCUAUGUGGAUGAAGGUGCCAUCUUAGACGUCCAGUUCAGUGAAUUCUACCACACACCACCCAGUGGAUUUGACAAGAUAAUGUUUGAGCAGUCCUUAUUAUGACCCUCUUUCCUGAAACUUUGGACUGUUUGUAUGACGACUGCCAUCCAUCAAAACCAGAUUUACAAGCAUUACGUCCAUGAAAGAUGUGGAUUGGAGUAAAAACCAAGUAUUUUAAGAACGUUGUACGGAACGAAUUAGAUCUCUAAAGGCUUGUUCAGAUAUGACGCAAAAAAAAACUUCUGCUUUUUUAUGAUAAAGUGUAAUUUGCUUCACAGUACUGACUCUUAAAGGUAAUACAAAGUUUUGGUAUGGGGUCAUGAAUUUGGUUCAAAUGAACAUAUUGAAAGCAUUUGUGAUUUCACAAUAUUUAAUGAUCGUUGUUGUGGUUGAAAUCGAGUCUAAAGUGAUGGAAUUGUAAAUAAUGAACUCUCUAUGUUGUAUAGUUCCCUCUCAAGACUGAUAUUACUUUAGCUUUAAAA